AUGACUUCUGUCCAAGUUGUCAACGUCUCUUUGCCCGCCCUUUCUGAGGGUUGGUCUGCUGAGGGGGGCUUCAAGGCCGUCGGCACUCUUUCUGGUGCUACCCAGCGGAAUCUGGAGCCUGUUGGCCCUCACUUCUUGGCCCACGCCCGUAGAAAGCGUCACCACCGCACCUUCUCCGAGGAUGAGAGAAUCCAGGCCCAGCAGAACGUCAAGAAGACUGAAGAGGAGGAGGAUGACGAGAUCUCCGAGGACGAAGACCCCAUGAUGCUGUCUCGGGACGCUAAGGACUGGAAGAGCCAAGAUCACUACGCCGUCCUUGGUAUUACCAAGUACCGUUGGCGCGCCACCCCCGAGCAGAUCAAGCGUGCCCACCGCAAGAAGGUUCUGCGCCACCACCCCGACAAGAAGGCCGCCCUGGGUGACCGUGACGAGAACGACAGCUUCUUCAAGUGUAUCCAGAAGGCCCACGAAGUGCUCUCAGACCCCGUCAAGCGUCGUCAGUUCGACUCCGUCGAUGAAGCCGCCGAUGUUGAGCCCCCCACCAAGAAGGAGGCUGCCAAGGGUAACUUCUACAAGCUGUGGAACCGUGUCUUCGACUCCGAGGGCCGUUUCUCCAGAAUCCAGCCCGUCCCUAGGUUGGGUGAUGACAACAGCACCUUCGAGGAAGUCGACAACUUCUACAACUUCUGGUACAACUUCGACAGCUGGCGUUCGUUUGAGUACCUCGAUGAGGAUGUGCCCGAUGACGGCGAAAGCCGUGACCAGAAGCGUCACACCGAGAAGAAGAACGCCAACGCCCGCCGCAAGCGCAAGAACGAGGACACUGCUCGUCUCCGUAAGCUCGUAGACGACUGUGCUGCUCAGGAUGAGCGUAUCAAGAAGUUCCGUAAGGCUGCUCGUGCUGACAAGGACAAGAAGCGUCUUGAGAAGGAGGCUGAGGCUAAGCGUCUGGCUGAGGAGAAGGAGAAGGCUCGUCUGGAAGAGGAACAGCGCAAGAAGGAUGCUGAGGAGGCCGCUAAGGCUGAGCGUGAGAAGAACAAGAAGGCCAAGGAGGCCGCUAAGAACGCUACCAAGAAGAACAAGCGUGUUGUCAAGGGCUCCGUCAAGGAGGUCAACUACUUCGCUGAUGGCGAGGCCUCCGCCGCCCAGGUCGACUCCGUUCUGACCGACGUUGAGCUUAUCAUGGGCAAGAUUGAUGCCGAGGAGCUUGCCGGUCUGGCUGAGCGUCUUACUGCUGCUGGCAAGGAUGCUGCUGCCGUCAAGAACGUCUACGCUGAGGAGGCCAAGAGACUCGUUGGUGCCGGUAAGCUCAAGGAGGGCGAGACCAAGAACUUCUAG